UAGCGUGGCGUGGCGUGGCGUCGCUCCCCGGCCGGCUUCGGCUUCUUCGGCGGCGGCGGAGGCGCCAUGGCGGGCGGCCGUUCCCCCCCCGCGGCCGGCUGGUGAGGGCCGCGGCGGCCGACCGGGCAGGAUGCUGAGCUCGUCGCUGCUGCUGGGCGAGGCGGCGGGGGCGGCGCGGGCGCUGGCGGCGGGCGAGGGCUCCCCCCCGGCGGCCACGGCGGCGCUGCGCAACGAGCUGGGCUCCAACAUCCACCUGCUGAAGGGGCUCAACGUGCGCUUCCGCUGCUUCCUGGCCAAGGUGCACGAGCUGGAGCGCCGCAACCGCCUGCUGGAGAAGCAGCUGCAGGCCCAGCAGGACGGCGAGCGCCGCCUCCGCUACAAGCGCUUCCCCCGCCACCAGGCCACCCAGACCGGCCCCGAGCCCGGCCCGCCCCGCGCCCAGCCCCCGGCCCAGCCCCCGCCCGGCCCGCAGCCCCCGCCGCAGGAGCAGCACUACAGCCGCCUGCCCGGCACCAUCUGGAGCUACCGGCAGGUGCGGCGCACGGGCGAGACCCUGCAGGGGCCCGGCGUCUCCUGGCUGCACCCGGACGGCGUCGGCGUCCAGAUCGACACCAUCACGCCCGAGAUCCGCGCCCUCUACAACGUCCUGGCCAAAGUCAAGCGCGAGCGGGACGAGUACAAGCGCCGAUGGGAAGAAGAGCUGGCAAAACGAAUGAACUUCGAGUCGAUGGUAGAGACUCUGCACGAGGAAGCGCAAGAAGCUGAAGCCCUCCAGGAAGAGCUAAAUGAGAAGAUUGAGAGGCUGAAGGCUGAGCUGGUGGUCUUCAAGGGUCUUAUGAGUGACCCUAUGACCGACCUGGACACAAAGAUCCAAGAAAAAGCCAUGAAGGUGGACAUGGACAUCUGUCGAAGGAUCGAUAUCACAGCCAAGCUGUGCGAUGUAGCCCAGCAGCGCAACUCUGAAGAUGUUUCCAAGAUAUUCCAGGUGGCUUCAAAGAAGAAAGAGCGGAAGUUGACCUUGGACGAUGAGCUCCCUGAGCAGGACACGGACAAUAACAGGUUCUCGGAGGACGAAGUUGGUUGCUCCCUGAACAUCACGGAUGAAAUGAAGAGGAUGUUCAAUCAGCUGCGUGAAACCUUCGAUUUUGAUGACGACUGUGACAGUUUAACCUGGGAGGAGAAUGAGGAUACUUUACUUCUCUGGGAAGACUUCACCAACUGCAACCCUUCGAUUGAUCUCCAGGGAGAGCAGGAAGAGAACUUGGGCAACUUGAUCCAUGAAACGGAGUCUUUCUUCAAAACAAGAGACAAAGAAUAUCAGGAGACAAUAGGGCAGAUUGAGCUGGAGCUGGCCACGGCCAAGAGCGACAUGAAUCGCCACCUCCACGAGUACAUGGAGAUGUGUAGCAUGAAGCGGGGUCUGGAUGUGCAGAUGGAGACCUGCCGUCGGCUCAUCAAAGGCUCUGCUGAAAGAAACUCCCCUUCUCCCAGUUCUUUAGCCAGCAGCGACUCAGGAAACACUGACGAGAUUCAAGACGAGUUCGACAGAGAGGCAGAUGUAGAGCCGAUGGUCAGCUGAUGAAGAACCAGAGCAUUCCGUUGAAAAGGGACAAGGGGAAAAAACUGCGGGAAAGGGUCACGCUAAGAAAUAUUGAGGCAUCAAAGACUUCAAAGCCCUGGCCCAGGGCUCCUGAAGACUAGUGCGCUCCCACCCCAUCCGAGGAUUGGUGCUGUAAUCAUUUUUAUUGUUGUACAAAUUACAAACAUGGAGUCCUGUAGGAGGGAAAAAUGGUGUUUUAAUUGUGCCUUUGCCCCAAGCUGAGCCAAGUUGCGCUCCCCUGGAAUAUACCAGUUCUUUUUAUAAUACCAAACAUGGUAGCAAAGGGAUGUGUUGAUGCAGAAGUGGAGGACUGAAGGAGCUGUUGCACAGUGCACCAUGGGGUGGGGGGGUGGGGGGGCAGUGCUGACAGAUCUACCACCAAUCAAUCAAAACACUCCAUCAUGACCUCCUAGAGGUGCCCGUUGCCAGCUUGGGCAGCUGAAAGUAUCUGUACAGAGACCCCCUUGCUACCCAGGAAGAGACUUCCUAGAGACCUGCACAAAACUUUCCAGCCAGAGUGUACAGUUCUUCAGGAGGAGCUUGGAGGGAAGGCCCCAUAGGGAAAAGUAUGGUGGGGUGGGAAUAUCACUGUUAACGUCUAUGCAAAAAAUAACAGCACUCGCCUUAUUUCUACGGAAUGUUUGGUCCUUGCUGGGCCUCUGCGUCUCUCAGCAGGGGGGACGCUGAGCAUCCAUAUUUUGCACAUCGUUCCAGUUGGUGGAGCUUCUUUUGGACAAGGCUGGUGUGUGGCCGUGGCCGCUUCCCGUGAUCCUUCUGUCCCUGAGCGACUUCAUUUUGCUUUCUCAUGUCCUUCCCCUUUCAGCCACCAAUGCUUUUUUCUAAAGAAGUUGCUGUUAAGGGGGGGGGGGGUCUUCGUUGUUGUGCAACUUUCAUAAACAUGGAGCAUGAAAACAGUUCUUGUAAGAUAGGCUCGCUCACCAUCCUGUGGGUCAGUGUUAAGUAGCUUAUGGGUGAGCCUGGCCACGUCUGAAGCACUUGUGGCUCUUAGUGGCUGCCAGAGCCAAAGCCAUGGACCCUCUGCCUUUGUUUUGUCAUGAGGGGUGGGUAGACUCCGGGUGUAGUAGCAAUAACAGUGAUAGGGCAGGAGGUUUGGCUGGCAGGGCCAGCAGGGCCAGCUGCUGCAGAGUCGGUGGCCUUUUCGUUCUUCUCUUAGCUUGCAGAGCCUCAGGUGCGCAUCGCUUGGGUCGCUAAAAGACGUGGACUAAACAUGGUCAUGGGCGGGGGGCGGGGGGGUCUCACCUCUCCUCCCCAAGCGGGUUGAGGUUCUCUUGGCUCCCUUUGCUGUGGAGGCAGGAAGCUGCCUGCUAAAUUCAGAAGUGAGACUCAGUAUUCACAUUCUCUUAAAGAGAUGCGCUGUCAAAAGUGGACUUUUUGUAACCGUUGGCUUGUUUCUUAUCUCUCGUUUAAAAGCUUUAUUCUGUGUAUUAGUGAUCUUUUCAAAGCUUGCUGUGUACCUUUUCUGUUGGGUACUUCCUUCCUCUUUUUUGAGAGAGGAAUCCUUUAUUCCUGUGCCUAUUCUUUGCAUCUCUGUUCUAGCCAAAGCCAGGUCCUUUUAUGCCAUAAAUGGGAAUUGUCGAAGACUGGCCAGGCCGGUCUGUGGCAGGUAAAACACGGUCCGUCCGUCAGGUCGGGGUUCCUAAUUUUUUGCUGCUUCCUCCGUAGUCUCCGCGGUUGCUGGGGCAUCACCGGCCAAAGUUGGCAUUGUCCAGGCGCACUUGUAUGUCUGGCUAUUGCUCAGCAGUCCCAAUAUUUUGAGGAUUUCUUGUGCAGCAGAGAAAUCGAGCCGUUUAAAUUGCCGUCCUGUUUUAUUGCUGCUAAGCUGCUUUGUACUUUUUGAGAAACUUUUAUUUUCUCGAGGAUGGUUCAGCGCUUUUGCUUUCGAUGAUUGGCAUGUUAAGAUAGAGAAUGGGGUGGGGGAAGGGGGGGGAGUAGAUGCUGCAGGAGUGGGUAAGUGGGUAGAUAGUUGCAGGUUCCCUGGACAGAUGCCCUUCCAACAACUCAUCCUGUAGCUGUACUUAGGUGGCACUCCUGAGGCAGGGAGCUCUAUUUUUCACGUGUGUAGAGGUAGUUGGGAAUUCCCUGCAUAAUAAAAGUGGAAUGGAAUGAUAGUAAUAGUGGUUGGGGGGGGUGAUGGUUGUCUCAUAUGCUACCAGUAUUAAAAUUUGUCUUAAUAUUUGAAUCGGAGCGUAGGAAUAGCAGAUUAAUGGCUCCGGCCCUUAAUAGCUCAGUUUUGGUGUUGUCUUCUUUUCCAGCCCCCAGGGCUGUCCAAGUAGCCCCCAGUUCUGUUAGGCUUGCCUUUUGUAUGCGGGUCACAACCAGAUGUAAAGCUUGUCAGGAAAAAAAAAAUUGUGAAAAUGCUGGACAUAACUUUGUGCUUUUCUCUUCUGUAAAGCUGUAAAUACUUUAUUUUCUAUUCAUAAGACAGUGUCAUAUUGACACUCUUUUAGAUGUAAAAUUAGAAAAUCUUGUUCCUCGUGGUUUUUAAAGGGGGCGGGCUUUGAAGCGAGCAGUUUUUGUUUGCUUGGUAGCAAGAAGAUAAAGUUCGUAAAAGUGCGUCGGAAAGAAACCUGCUCCCACUGGGCGGGUCUGGCAGUGACUCAGUGGAUGCAUGCUUUUAAAAAAAAAAAUCCAAAGAACCAUAAUGUAGAAACUAUUCCGAGGAUUUGAUACUUUCCUUUCUGCCGAGGCAGUGAAUGGGGAAAUCAAAGAUUUCCAAGCGGAAGUUGGGGACACAAGACAGAUGAAAUUUUCUUGGCUAAAUACGUUCUCUUGAAAGCCAAUGGCAUGUUUUAGUAAAGGUGUGAAGUUCAGACAUUUUAACCUGGGUUUGGCAGUAUUGGGGAAGGGUAGGGACAGCUUGUAAUUGGGUCUUGGGGGUGCAAGACAUGCUCUUCUUCUCUUCCCUCCAUCAAAAGAUGUGUGAGGGUUGGAUCCAGUCCUAGCCCUCCCACCAGAGGGCAAGCACGCAGUGUUCUUCUUUUUCGCGGAGGGUUCUGAAUGCAUUAUUCAAGAAGCAGGUGAUUCUCAUUUCCCCCAUGUGUGUCAGUUGGGAGCUGAAAUGAAGAUAAGGAUCAAUUUGGGAUUGUUUGUGUGUGUGUGUGUGUUUUUAAAACGGGUCAAAUGCAGCUUCUGCAGAAAAGGGGGAAUUGGAAAAUUACUUAAAAUCAAAGCGUGCUUUGAGCCAUAUCGGCGAGCGCGCUGACAUAUUUCCGAGUGGAAGGCUGGUUUAUAAAUGGAAGCAUGGAUUUUGCCUUGAAGCAUUUGGCAAAUUAGAAUCGGAAUGAUGGGCACCUGGGAGGGGUGCCUCAUUCUUCCACCACUUAAUUUUUGAGUGGCACUGGCGAGAGGUGCCUGCCUUCCCAAUAGCAUUAAAAUCCAUGCCCAGUAAUUUUUUAGAAUAGGCAGUUUUAAUCAGGUUCUGCCUGACUUUCAACUUAGACGCUUCAUGCAGCCGUGGCUAGCUUGGAGGGACAAAACAGCGCACUUCAGUGUUGCGAUGUUCACAGCAGCAGAAACGGAGCGGAGAGCUGAUUUCCUCCCGCCUGUGUUGGGGAGGGCAGAUUCCCUCGAAGGUUGCUGCCUCCGACCUUGUUGAAACUUAAGGCCAUACAGUGCCAGAAAGGUUCUUCUGCAGAAGUUGCACGAAGUGGCCAUUAAUUGUGGUACAUAAUUGCCAGCUACCAAGUUGAGGUCCCAGUUGAGAAGGUGGUUCUUGCACAGGUUUCUGCUGUCCGCAGAAGCGGACGGGGAAGCCUCACAGGUGUCAGUCACUCUUGUCACAGUCUCUGUCUUGUGGGGGGCUGACACUAGAAAGGGAUGCAAGCUGGGAAGUGGCUGAUCUGUCAUCUUGGGUAAUCGGGGAUGUGGCCCCAGCUGGUGAGAGUGAAAACUUCCCUUCCUGACACAUUUGCAGAUAACUUGCAGAAGUGAACUUGAAAGUGAACUUCUGCCCUCCACUGACUUUCACUCUUUUGGGGGUGGGCGGAGAUGGAAGGCUGGGGUCUUGGCACCCGCCAUUGCUGGGAAGCAGCGGCCAAACUGAUUUUAAGGAGCCUGGUUUUGAAAUGCUUGCUUGUCAGUAUUUGUGCCUGGACUUGGAUUUUUCAGCCCCACUGGUAAGUUCGGUGGUUUCUGGAAGGAAAAAUGAGGGAGGCGAGGCAAAGAGUGAGAUUCUUCUUUGAGAAAGUAUUCAUAUCGACCUCUUUCCUGCCUGUGACAGGCUUGUGAAUGUCCCUGGUCACUACGGGUGGGCAAAAUACUCCUCUAGGCAACCACGCAUGGAAAACACCCGCGGAUUUUAAUUUUUCCUUUCAGUCCAUAUACGUAGUGGGCAGGCAGGUGAAAAACAGUAUUUUUGAGCUAUGAAACUUGGACACUCGCACGUGAAACUUCUCUUAGGAAUCUGAGCAGGUACUUCACUGGGCACGGUAAGUUUGCAGAUGGUGGCCAAGUUGCGCUUCCAAGACGGGUGCAGCAAAAAAUGCCUUUGGUCAUCUUGCUGCAAAAGCUUACGUUACGGCAAUGUGACAAGCUGUUGAAAGGUACUGGGAGCAAUAUGACAUUCACGUGGCUGCCUGGAAAGGCCAAAAGGAUUCUGCAUCACCUGGGGCUGAAAACAUGGGUAAAAAUGGCUUUCCUGAAUGGUGGAAGAAAUCUCCGGGGGGGGGGGAGUGGGUGGUUUAGAUCGACCCUUUCCCUCGCUCCCGUAAUUCUUGAGAUCCUGUAAAUUUCUUUUACAGUCAUGAAACUGAAUACUUAACGCAGUGGGGGAACGGAAUAUGUAUUGUUGUACAUACUGUGCUUUUUCUAUUCUGUAUAUUAGCAUAUUUUAAGGGUGUGUGGGGGCUAUAACCAGAUGUAUGUAUUUGCUCUCUGGUCAGGAGAGAGGCAAGGGUGAACCAUUUCUUAAGCUUGCUCGAGAGGGACCCCCUUUUUUUGCUUCAUGUUGGGUUGCGCCUCACUAGCCGCUGCUCACUAGCUCAGCAGCAGCCCCCCUAAGUGCUCGCCUACAUAGAUGGCCCAAGAACAUGGAGUGCCCAGAGGUGUCCAACCAAAGCUGUGACCCCCCCCCCCCCGCCCGGGGCCCUUCUGACUUACUUUCAAGGGGUUCAUCCCCACUCACCUGUGAGUGCCAAAAGCGGACGCCUGCUCUCAUUCCCCAGGGCACAGCGUGGAGUUCUUCCCUCUUUUUGGUUCCGUCCAUUUUGAAAAGGAAACCUGUUUUGCUUAGCCAUCUUGUAUGCUGCUGGCUCUGCUUCCCGGAGCGGAGCUCUGAUACUUGGUUCACCCUCACCUUCUCAAGCUCUAGCUAAAGAACCUUUUUCUUAUUUCAUGUACCAAAUGGGCUUCUCUGUGGAAUGGAGAUGGCGCUGGAGCUUUGUUGGUGGGGGGAACGGGUGAGGAGGAUUCUUUGUGUCAAAGGAAGAACCCCCCUUACAAUAAAUGCCAGACUUCCUGGUUACUGAAAA